CCGGUUUCAACUUGAUCCUCUCUCUCCCACACUUUCUCUCUCUCUCUCUCUCUCUCUCGAGCUCGUGCAAACGCUUCAAUGGCGAUCAGUGCUGUCAAUCUUCACAUGUUUCAGGCUAGUGGUGGUGGAGCUAGUUUCAAGCGUCGCUUCUCACCGUUAAACCCUUCGGCAUCGUCAGCCACCGCCGUCAGACCCAUCACCUCCACCGAGUCAACUCGGAGACACCUUGCCAACCUCGACCGCCUCCUCCAAAACCAGAAGGUAUCUCCGCCGACCUUACCGCACCCGCAAGGGCCGCAAGAACCAACUCACCAGGCAGAUUUUGGGGUCGACACGUCGUCGUCGUCGUCGGAGAAAAGGGGCAGAGGACCGUUGGACCUCUUGAACUUGGGUCGAAUCUGGCCCGAAAUUAAGGCAGCGGCGGAGGAGAUGUCCCCACGCCACCUCGGCCGCCUCCGGCGGCUUUUGUCAAAGACGCCGGAGUAUUCCCCGAGGAACAGCCUCGGCAGCCGGUGGCGGCAGUACCAUGGCUGCGACGACUGGUUGGGCCUACUUGAUCCGCUUGACGAGAACCUCCGGCGGGAGGUGAUCCGGUACGGUGAGCUCAUACAGGUGGCCUACCAGGCGUUCCACUCAAACCCCGCCAUGCCAACAGAGGCGGCGCCGAAGCCCCACCACGUGGCGCUGCCGGAUAAGUCUUAUAAUGUGACGAAGAGCCUGUACGCCACUUCCGCGGUCGGCCUCCCCAAAUGGGUGGAUGAUGUUGCUCCGGACCUUGGCUGGAUGACGCAGCGGUCGAGCUGGAUCGGUUACGUAGCGGUAUGCGACGACGGGAGGGAGAUCCAACGGAUGGGGCGGAGGGACAUCGUGAUCGCCCUGCGAGGGACCUCCACCUGUCUCGAGUGGGCCGAGAACUUUCGGACCAAGCUCGCGCCGAUCUCGAGCACCGAAGACCCCAAAUCCAAGGUCGGAUCCGGGUUCUUGAGCUUGUUCAAGACCCGUGGAGCUCACGUUCCGAGCUUGGCGGAGUCAGUCAUCGAGGAAGUUCAGCGGCUUAUGGAACUCUACAAGGGCGAGACACUCAGCAUCACGGUGACCGGUCACAGCCUCGGCGCAGCACUAGCAUUAUUAUUGGCCGACGAGCUAACGACGCGCGUUUCAGAGCUGCCAUCGCUCGCAGUGUUCUCUUUCGGAGGACCUCGGGUCGGGAACAGCGCUUUCGCGGACCGGAUCCGCGCAAAGAACGUCAAGGUCUUGAGGGUCGUGAAUGAUCAGGACGUGAUCACCAGAGUGCCCGGGAUGUUCCUAAGCGAAGAUUUAGAACAGAGACUCAAAGACGCGGUGGAUGGCGCGCUCAAAAAGGGCAAAAUGCCAUGGGACUCCUACUCGCACGCGGGGACGGAGCUGCGCCUAGACACGAGGAAGUCGCCGUACUUGAAGCCGGACGCCGAUGUCGCGUGCUGCCACGACCUGGAGGCGUACCUACACCUGGUGGACGGGUUCAUGGCCUCGAACUGCCCCUUCAGAGUGAACGCGAAGCGGAGCUUAGUGAAGUUGCUAAACGAGCAAAGAACUAACGUGAAGAAGCUGUACACGAGCAAGGCCAAUGCCUUGACCUUGAAUGUCGAAAGGGGGGCGGUCAGACCUCCCAACAUGGCGGGUUGCUUGCCUAGCCCAUCUUAACAAAGUUGCCUCUUAAUUUUCAGAC